CCGCUGGCGCCCUUGCCCCAGCGGUGCAGCCCGGAGAGGCGCAUCUGGGCAGCUGCCGAAGGAGGCGGGAUGGAGGCGCGGGGGGGGGAGCAUCCUCCUCCGCAGACAACAGUGGCUCGAGUCUUCUUUCCCAGUUACGGGAGGGGAACGAUGAGAUCAGCCGCACGUCCACAUACUUGAAAAACCUUAAACGGGGCCACCACAGAGGGAGGUUCCUCUGAAGUUCCAAAGAGGAGCAUUUUGUCUUAAAAUAAACCAUCACAAUAUAAGUUGCAGAGAAGCAGACCAAUUAGCUUCUUUAAGAUCAUUCACCAAACUUCUGCCUGAGCUGAGAUUUCAACUAAAGCAAUAUUGCUUCCAAGGAACCACUGUUUUUACUUAAGAAAGAUGGGAAAUUUUAAAGGUCAUGCACUUCCUGGAAGUUUUUUCCUACUGUUUGGCUUGUGGUGGUCUGUGAAAUAUCCAUUAAAGUACCUCUGUCGAAGGAAAAAGAAUGCUUCUUCCAUCAGUUCCAAAGCCGGAUUUCAACGUUUAGAAUUUACCGAGGGCAUCAUCAAAGUUGCCUUUGCUCUCAUUGGUAUGAUAGCUGAGCAAUUUGUUCCGGAUGGACCUCAUCUGAAACUUUAUAAUUAUGAAAUGAAUCAAUGGGAUCACCUAAUGAACUGGCAGCAUGCAACCAUGUAUCUUUUCUAUGGUAUCUCAGGACUCGUAGACAUUGUGGCUCACAGCACAAAUGCACUGCCAGUAGCCUUAGACAGAAUGAUGCUUUCACUAGCUAUUUUUGUGGAAGGUUUUCUCUUUUAUUACCAUAUCCAUGGGCGUGCUAUGCUAGAUCUCCAUGUUCAUCAGUUGCUUUUAGUGGCCAUCUUUGGUGCAGCCAUCUGUGUCUUCUUGGAAGUCUUCUUCCGAGGCAUCAUUGUCCUUGAGAUGUUCCGGACAAGUCUCUGUAUACUGCAAGGAAGCUGGUUCUGGCAGAUUGGAUUUGUACUUUAUCCUCCGAGUGGGAGUCCAGAAUGGAACCAAAUGGAUCAUAAUAACAUUAUGUUCCUCACAAUGUGCUAUUGCUGGCAUUAUGCAUUUGCUUUUCUUAUAAUGGCAGUGAAUUAUACUAUAGUCAGCUGGGUAGUUCGUUCAAAAAUGAAACAAACUCCAACCAUGGAAAUAGGAUUGCUGAAAACAACCGAGAGAGACCAGGAGUCAGAAGAUGAGAUCUAGUUUAGCAUCAGUAUUUUCUCAUUGUUUACUGUCUAUUCCUUCUAUUUCUGAUCUAUAACACUUUUGUUUACUAUAUCACUUAGAUUUAUACAAUCAAGGAAUCUCAAUGGUAAUUUAUGAAACUUCCAUUAGUACAGUCCUUAUCCUGUGCUUAAAGUAGAAAGAGGACAUUUUACUAUUGAACAGGCUGGGGUGACAUUGUCAAGUGAAAAUCAAUCCUAGCCAUUAAUAGAUUACGGGUCUACUCUUCUAUUGCUCUUGGGUAAACUGGGACAUUUCCACACAUGGCAUUAAAAAAAAACAACACAGCGCUAUUGCAGAAAACUGACUGCUCAUCUCUUAAAACCAAACAACUCAUAAAUCGAACAUAUCUGUUUAUAAGUAUAUAAAAAUAAUUCUCUGCCUAGUUUCCAAAAUUUAUGCAUUGCAAAUUUAGAUUUGCAGUUGUAUUGAUUUUGUUUUUAUUUUUAUCAUCAUCAUCAUCAUUUAUUAACACACUGCUUGCUUUGAAGCAUACAAGAAGCCACUGUGGAAUUAUUCAGCACCAGUAUUAUUAAGUAAUGAUGUCCCUGAAUUGCUGGAUAAUUAUAGAUAUUCCAUUGGACUAGUUCCUUCCCUUCAGCAGGAUCGAUUGACAUAUAGAAUCAUGUACAAGGCUUCUGAGUACUUCAGAUGUCGUCUGCUUUGCAUAGUAGGCAUAAGCUGAAUUUCAGACCCCAACAUAGGCAAGAAGCUUGAUCACUCUUAAAGAAGUCAGCAUGACUCAGCCUAACCUACUUCACAGGGUAGAGAGGGGGAAAUGCAUUAACUCCUUGGAACAAGGGUGCUAAAUAUUUGUUUUUUUCUUGAUAUAUCAUUAGAAUUGUCUUAGUGUGCAUGGACAUAAUGUAUAGGUAUGGCUCUCGUGUACCAGAAGCCUCAUAUCAGAAAUGUUUUGCUCCGCAUGUGCAAACUGUAACUUAGAGUACAUUUGGGAUCUCAGAACUUCAGAAGGUUAGAUGGCUGUCUCUACAUUGCUAAAAAAAGAGGAAAUGUCUGACCGACAAAGAAAGCAAAAGAGGUCACUGAUUUGUGUUAUAAUAGCAUGUACAUGUACACUUAGAUGGAAAUUCUGAAAUAAUUACUCUGACUUAAGCAGACAUACAGUACAUCUUAACAUAGCUGGCAGGCAAUGUCCCAAUAACUUAAGCAUCUCCCCAGUUGGUCAGCCAGGUGUUAAUGGUUGGUGGGCAACCCCAAGGCUUCUGCUCUUCUUCUGAUGGUUCUUUAUCUUUGAUCUGGACUUGGACAGGACACAUGCCAUCAGAAAGAAUGAACUUUCAAACAAAUCCUUGUAUUUAUUGUAAACUUGAAUAUAUAGCCACCUAGAAGGUCUGCAUGCACUUACCUCUGAAGGUUGUUGCUCAUGUAAACUACUAGAAGCAAUUAGUGCGAAUGAGCAGUUAUGGAUGAAUGGACAGCACAAUAGUUCUGUUCCAUUUAUUUCUCAUCCCUCUCCUCCAUGUUGUUAAUUAUUUCUUUUUGGAAAUACUGCUUUCUCCAACCUGCAGUGUGGCAUUGGAUUUAACUUUCUGCUUACAGGGAGAAGCAUUAGUUUAAAACUUCCAUUUUGUGCAACAUAGCUUGGUAUGAAACUAAACUCAGGAAUGAUAUUAUGGUAUUGUGUGCCUUUAGCUUUAAUGUUAGUGGCCAGAGUUCUAUUAGGGGUUGUAGGACUUGUGUAGCAGUCUUGCACCUUGAGGCGUGGCCAGGAAUGCAAGUGGUAACUUUUUGAUUAGCAGAAAUUUGCCACCAUGAUUUGCAAAAUUACAUUUAAGCCAGUAAAAAUUCCCAAUAAGAUUCUGGCCAUUAAGUACAUUCUCAGGUAAGAAAAUCUGGUUUGAGAUAUAAAACAGUAAGGAAAUUAUUUCGUAGUGUAUGUGUGUGGUCUGUUCAGGAGUUCUUAUACUGGAAAAUCUCCUCUUUCAUUGGGCAUAACAUUGGACAUCAAAAUAUCAUUUUCGCUGCUAUUUGAUAUAUACUUUCCAUGCACUUAAAAUCUUGUUAUAACAAAAACCAAUAGUAGAAGAAUUCUGAUUGCUAAUUGGUAAAAAAUGCUCUCAGCUGGUGCAAUACUUUAAAAUC